CCCUAAAAAAGAAAACAGUCUCUAUUGUUCAAGCACCCGCUCUGCCUGGACGGUGCACUGCCGCCUGUGGCCGCAGAGGGCGCUGCACGCAUGGCAGGCUGGGCUCCGCGGCCUUCACAUACAUCUUUUUGUCUGAGAACUGAUCCUCUGCCGCUCUACAGUGUGUGCGAUAGCCUCGGAGCUGCGUCCGUAACACACUGUCAAACCACUCCAAACGAAUACAACCGCGACCAAAAGCAUUAAUUCUACACAUUCUGCCAUGGCGUUUCUAAUCUGCCGGUAAAUCGUUUGUAUUUCUGACUGUUCGUUGGAACUUAGUCCGGGGUUGAAACGGGCUUGCUUUCUGUGUGCAUCAGUCUUUAUUAGCGAGCUGCCGCUCUUCUUGCUAUCAGCUAUUUCUUUAACUUUUUAAACACUCAGCUUCGCGAAUGACUGAGCGCCGGCGGAGUAUGGGAUCCUUGGUGUCUUAAGAAGCGACUGAAGUGGGGUUUAACCGUUUUUGCAUGCAAAAACAAUGGCAAAUUCGACGGGGAAAAAUCUACUAGAUCAGCGAAGGAAAGGACAGGCUUUCCUGGACGAGCUGCGGCAAUUUCACCAAAGCAGAGGAUCGCCUUUCAGGAAGAUUCCUAUCGUGGGUGGGAAAGAGCUGGACCUUAAUGCUCUCUAUAUCAGAGUCGUCUCUUUAGGUGGAUUUGCUAAGGUCUCUGACAAAAACCAAUGGACUGAACUUGGAGACGAGUUUAACUUUCCAAGGAGUUGUUCCAACGCUGCAUUUGCUUUAAAACAGUACUACCUUCGAUACUUGGAGAAGUAUGAGAAAGUGCACCACUUUGGCGAGGAUGAUGAAGAAGCGCAGCCGGGGAAUCCCAAAGCCUCUCUUCCAAUCGGUGCAAUUCCCUGCUCCUAUAACUACCAGCAGCACGUUGUAUCAGACUAUCUCCGCCAAAGCUAUGGACUGUCUUCGGAUUUUGUCCCGCCGUGUGACUACAACAAACUGGUGCUGUCUCUCCUUUCGGGGCUACCCAACGAAGUGGACUUUGCUGUUAACGUUUGCACACUGCUUUCCAACGAGAGCAAGCACGCCAUGCAGCUGGACAAGGACCCCAAACUGGUCACAUUGCUGCUGGCGCACGCCGGCGUCUUCGACGACUCGCUAGGCAGCUUCUCCGGGGUAUUCGGGACGGACUGGAAGGAACACACAUCCCGGGACUUUAUCAGGUUCUGGAAGGAGGUGGUGGAGGACGUGGAAGUCAGAGAGCUUAUCUGGGACAAGAACAGCCCGGCACAAGACGGCAUGUCGUGCGAGGGGCGCUGGCAGAGCCUCUUCCACCCGCCGCGGAACCUGGGCAUCAGUGACAUGGAGGCCCAGCGGGUGCUGCAGAUUGCUGUUAUCCUGCGGAACCUCUCCUUCGAGGAGGCCAAUGUCAAGCUGCUGGCGGCCAACCGAACGUGCCUGCGCUUCCUUUUGCUCUGUGCCCACUGUAACCUCAUCUCACUCCGACAGCUCGGACUGGACACGUUGGGCAACGUGGCUGCUGAGCUCCAGCUGGAUCCCGUUGAUUUUCGGACAACUCAUCUGAUCUUUCACACCAUCACCAAAUGUUUGAUGUCCAGGGACAGGUUUCUCAAAAUGAGAGCCAUGGAAAUCCUGGGCAACCUCAGCAAGGCGGAAGACAACGGAGUCCUGAUCUGUGAGUACGUGGACCAGGACUCGUACAAGGAGGUAAUAAUGCUCCUCACCCUGCCGGACCUCAUGCUCCUCAUGGCCUCUCUGGAGGUGCUGUAUCUGCUGGCCCAGCUCGGAGACAUCCCCUGCAGCAAGAUUGCCUCCGUCGACCAUAGCAUAGACCUGUUAGUGCGGUUAGUAUCAGUGGACCUCCAUACGUUUGGACCUGAUGCCCUGACAGCGGUGCGAUUGAUCGAGCAUCAGGCCAACGCCGAGCAGGCGGCCGAGGUCCGGCCACAGCUGGUGGAGCAGGUGCCCGCAGCCACGCAGGGAGCAGCAGCACCUGUAACGAGAGUCCCAGUUCAAUCCACUCCACCGCCACCUGGUAUCGUUGAGCUCGAUGGGGAAAAAUUUACACUGCAGUGGCUAAAUGCACAUUUUGAGACAAACCCUGAGGGCUCUGUGUCGCGAUCUGAAAUUUACUCAGAGUACUUGGCCACUUGCAGUAAAAUGGGACGAAGCAACAUCUUGAACUCCACCGGCUUUCUCAAAUGUCUGCGGACUGUGUUUCCCAACCACACAAUGCGACGGCAAGAGGAGACCAAGACCACUGGUCAACUUCAAAUUCUCCUGGUAGGGCUGAGGCGCAGAUCGAUCCCCCUGCCCAUCCAGCUUUACUACCAGCAGCAGAAUCCUGCAGCAGCUCCAACGCCUCCGGCAGCCCCCGGAGACCCCCAGGGCCUGCCUCCAGGCUUACCUCUUGGGUCACCCAGCCUUGGAGCCCAGUUUGUCCGGGCCCUGGGCCCCAGCCUCAGCACCCCCGGCGCCGCCCCAUCCAUGGCCUUGACUGCACAGGAGCUUCCUCAUCAAAGCCACUCAACUGUUCCCCGACACCAGGCGCAGGCGUCUCCGCAGUUACCGUCGAAUCCUCUGCCGGCGGUGCAGCAGCAGGUCCGACCUGGUCCAGUGGUCCAGAUUCCGACGUCGACGACGGCCGCCCAGAACCACAGCCCCCAGAACCCCGGCGCUCCUGCUGCAGCUCAACAACACUCCCCCAUGCUUCCCACGGGGACGCCUGUCACGCUAUUUCAGCAGGUACCGCAGGGCCACAUUCUUACCGCCAGGGUGCAAGGGGUGUGCCCUCCGAUCACCCAGCACCCGGCCCUGCCUCAAACCCCUCUCCCGUCUGGGCCUCAGGGUGAGGCUCCCCAGGUGGAGCCCUGGUGUGUUGCUGGGACAUUGACACCCUCUUCUUCCAUCCAGGUGGGGGCUGGUAUUGCCGGCGUGCCCAAUUCCCAGGGCUCGCGCGUCACAUUUCAGAAUAUCGCCCCCAAACCAGCGCCAAGCCAGUCAGGUGGACCAGCAGCCACGAUAGCCACUCCCAACCAGCAGCCUCCGCCUCAACAGCAGGCGCAGAGUGUCGUAAUAGUUGGCCCCAACCCCCAGCAGAGCCAAGCCUACACCCCUGCCAUACACCAGAUCGUUCUUGCCAACCCCUCAACCCUUACCGGUGCCCAGACUAUCCAGAUAGCAGGGCAACCCGGAGCUGCUUCCAACCCCUGCCCGCCCCCUGCUUCUCACUCCAACACCCAGCCCAAUCAAACCGUCAGCCACGCACUGUCCAUGAAACGCCAACAACAGCAGCAUCAACAACAGCAGUCGCAGCUCCAAUUUAUUUCCCCAAAUCCCCCCUCUCAGCCUACCUCCACCGAGUCCAGCUUGAUCAAACAGCUACUGCUUCCAAAGCGAGGGCCUUCUACUCCAGGAGGGAAGCUCAUCCUACCCGCUCCACAGGUGCCCCCUCCCAACAGCACAAUAGCCCCAGGUCCACAGGUCAUCUACCAGACGAGCUACAGCACCCAGAAUCCCUCUCCUCAGCCUCAGCAGCUCAAUGUCCAGCUGGUUCCUGGUCAGCUUCCUGCUGCAGGAGCCCCAGCCCUCCAGACGGUCCAGCUCUUGCCAGGCCAGCUCAUUUCCACAAGUAGCCCCGGGGCAGCUACCAUCAUCCAAGGCCCCACGGCGGCUGGACAGGUCACGUUCACCGUGGUUCCCAACACUGGCUUCACCUCUACCGCUGCUGUAGCUGCCGUCAGCCAGGGUGCCGUGGCGACUGGAGUCCCCCCACCGCCGUUCUCUGCUGCGACGGUGGCACACCACGCCCCAGCAACUCCACCGCCAGCUCCCCUCAGAGGAGACAAGAUUAUUUGUCAAAAGGAGGAGGAGGCAAAGGACGCCACGGGGCUGCACAUCCAUGAGCGAAAGAUUGAGGUUAUGGAGAACUCGUCUUUGGCUGAAGGCGACUCCAACGGCAAAACCAGCAACGGUGACGUCGCGGAAGGUGCCAAGCUGCUAAAUGGUCGGAAGUGCAUGGAGUCAAAUCUACCUCCAUACCACUCAGGGAACAGCCAGGGGGUACUCAACGGCCCAGCCACGGAGGGUCACCCUGCUAAUGGGAAGCAGGCUCUCUCCCCCAGCCUGAACGCCCCUCUGGAGGGCAACCCCGACCCCAAAAAGACCCUAGUCAACGGGGUGUGUGACUUUGAUCGGGGUGACUGUGGUGGCAACAUAAACAAAAACAUUCCAAAUCACAUUGCUUCUAAACAGUACUUGGGGAACGGGGAGGUGGGCCCCUCUGAGAAGAGCCACGGGUCAGACCCCCCUCUUCCUAGUCCUCCUCCCCCCCAGCAGGACACUGCCAAAGCCCAACAGGCUGAGCGCCUGGCUAACGGACCCCAGGUAGCAGGCAACAGGCCUCCCUCGGAAUUAACCAAUGGACCUUUGGGGCCGGGCCACGCCGUGCAUGUGCUAAGACAGCAACUGCUCCCCAAUUCUACCCUACCCUCCACUGUUACUGUUACCUCCCCGAGUCCCGCCGCCCCUCCUGCGAACGGAGUGGCCUCCGAGGCUCGAGGUCUCAAGAGACCAGCCGACAGCGAGGACCGCAGCGCGGCGUCCUCGGGGAUCCCCAAUAAAGUGGGAGUGCGCAUCAUCACCGUCAGUGACCCCAACAACGCCGGCAGCAGUGCCACCAUGGUGGCGGUGCCCGCAGGAACAGACCCAAGCACAGUAGCCAAAGUAGCAAUAGAGAACGCCACUCAGCAGAGGAACUGCUCACCCGCACUGGCAGCUGGCUUAACGCCUACACUUACCCCGCCCCCUGUAUCCCAGCCUGCUCCGGGGGGUAACCACAGCCCCCACCCCUCAGCACAGCAAACCCCCGCAGCACCGCCAGAGCAGAGCAGGAAAGCAGGGCAGAACUUCAAGUGUCUGUGGCAGUCCUGUAAACGGUGGUUCGAAACGCCGUCUCGGGUGUUUUACCACGCGGCGACGCAAC